ACAUUUAUGUCAUUUUUUGUUUUCUUGUUAUGUUAAUUGCUCUGGCACCGGCAACAAAUUUUUACUUUUGACAACGAAUAAAGUUCUGUCGCCUUUUCUUCUUGUUGUACGAGGAAAUCAUAAAAAUUAACAAAGCAAAGAGGCGACAUUUGAACAUCGGUGCAAAGGCAUGGCCGAAAAAGUUACCAAAUUGGCUUUGGCUAGCCGUAUCAUAGUGCUGAUACUGCAAUUACUUGCCAAUAAACUUCUUCCCGAUCAUCAGACAGAUGUUUUUCGGGCACCCUUUAACCCAGCCAAUAAAGUCACAUGGUUGGACAAGACAAUCAAUUUCUGCUUGAAUGGAUUUCGUCAUUGGGAUGCCGAAUAUUUUCUUCAUAUUGCCGAGCAUGGUUAUACAUAUGAGAAUACCUUGGCGUUCUAUCCGCUGUAUCCGAUGGUGGUCAAGUCGGGAGCCCACUUACUCCACACUAUGUUGGCGGACUUUAUGAACAUGCGAUCAUGCUGUCUUUUGGUGGGUGUGGUUUUAAAUGUGGCACUAUUUUGUAAGGCUGCUAACAUUCUGUAUGCGCUGACUCAACGUAUUUUCAAUGACCUAAACAAAAGUUGGAAUGUUGCUUUGCUGUUUUGCUUCAAUCCCGCCUCCAUAUUCUUUACGGCCGCCUAUUCAGAGACUUUAUUUUGUUUGUUAUCGUUGUAUGUUAUGUUGGAAUGCUCAACGCAAAUACGGGCGGUACGUUCAACGUUUGCUUUGGCUUUAAAUAUUGCAGCCCGUUCAAAUGGUUUGGUUAACAUGGGAUUUCCCUUUUACUUCAUAGUGCGUAAAUUCAUACUGAAACGUUCCUCCCUUUUGUCGUCCUUGCUAAAAAUGGCUUUGUGUUUGCUCUUCUCUUUGAUACCAUUGACAUUUUUCAAUUUCUAUGCCUUUCAAUUGUUUUGUGUGUCCGACAAGGCAACAAAUCACACAGAGGCCAUACUAAAUUAUGGCCGGCAAAAGAAUUAUGUAUUAUCCGGCUACCGUUAUGCUGAACAAUCGCCAUGGUGUGAUGAGCGUUUUCCAUUCCCCUAUUCAUAUAUACAGUCGCACUACUGGAAAGUGGGAUUCCUUAGAUAUUACGAGCUCAAGCAGAUACCAAAUUUUUUAUUAGCUUUGCCCAUUCUAAUAUUUCUCUUUUGGCAUUGUGUUAAGUAUCUGCGCGAUUUCCAAAAGAAUCUAUUACCCAAAUAUCCAUUGCUGCAUUUGCUGAAGGAAUACAAAACAUUGCCCUUCAUACUGCAUGCUCUGGCCUUGACAGUGUUUUGCAUAUUCUUUGUGCACAUACAAAUAUCCACGCGUUUGUUGUGCUCGGCCACACCAUGUGUGUAUUGGUUUGCCUCGGAUCAUAUGCCCAAGUCUUUGGACAAAUUGCAAUUACGCUCCAAGGCGGGCUUGAUAUUUCUAUGGUUUGCCUCUUAUGUGCUGGUAGGCACCACCAUGUUCAGCAACAAUUUGCCCUGGACGUAAACAGUUGCAGCCGCUAGUUUGUGAUACCCCGUCAAUGUGUUUGCAGCAACGAGCAAACACAAAGAGAUGUCUAAUUCCUACCAAAUUAUAUUCAUUAAAAACAACAUUGUUAUUUGAUCGAUUGAUUGAUGAAUUGGUUUAUACAUUAAAAAAGACUGUUAAAUGUAUUUUUUUUUUUAGUUUUCCUAAUCAGAAAUCUCUGCUCGCCCAUUUUAUAGAUCCUCUGAAUGAAGUGCUAUGUUUUUAGCUUUAUUUAAAAUUUAACUAGAUGUAAUAUUCUUUUUUUUAUAUACACAUUUACAUUUAUUUUUUUUUUUCUUGAUUAUUAACGUGUACAUUUACUUUGAAUGUAAAUGAGACCAUUAAUAUUCUUGCGUGUACAAAAUUGCCAUUGUAUGUAAAUAAAAUUUCCAAAGAAAGACAAACUAUUAAA